AUUAUUAGAAAUUAAUGAUGAAAUGUGUGAUAAUUGCUACGAUACUUUUAUCAGUCACAUGUAUAGACUUUGUGGCUGAUGAAUUUCGAUGGCCUGAUUGGCCUAUUGAUUACAGUUUCAAGACUUGGUCAGGAUUGAUAGACUUUAAUGAUACUGGAGUCAUGAGGUUAAUAUAGAUUCUAUAUAAGAAAUUUGCAUUAUGUAUUUGUAGAGAGCCAAACUGAGAAUGCAGAGGUAGAGCCAUAACCAGUAAUACUUUGGCUUAAUGGAGGUCCAGGAUGUUCAUCAAUGUUGGGUUUGAUGUAAGAAAUUGGACCAUUUGUGAUUGAUAAUGGAGAAACUGAAUACAAAGAAAAUCCAUGGUCUUGGAAUAAGAAAGCACAUUUAUUAAUAUUAGAAUCACCAUUUGGAGUUGGAUUUUCUAAACCAAGCCCAGAUAAAAAUUAUAAUUUCACUGAUGAAAAGACAGGAGAGUUUAAUUAUUAGGCCAUAAGACGAUGGUUUGAUACAUUCACAUAUUAUAGAGGUAGAGAUUUCUAUAUAGCUGGAGAGUCAUAUGCAGGUAUUUAAAUUAUUGAUUUUAGGAAUGUACAUUCCUUAUACAGCAUAAGCUUUAUUAGAGGGAGAGAAAAAUGUUGAUGAGGAUGAAAAAAUAAACUUCAAGGGAAUUUUAAUUGGAAAUGGUGUGUUAAUUAACAAUGAGAAGUUUAGAAGUUAAACCGCAUUAAAGUUCUUGGGAAGAAGAUCUUUUAUAGAUUAUACAAAUUAAUUUAUUUUAAGUCAUAAUUGUGCUGCACAACCACUUUCAGCAAGUUGUAGAUAAGCUAAGAAAUCAUUGGAUGAUGCAAUAGCUUUAAUAAAUCCUUAUGGAGUAUAUUCUUAUUGUUGGGGUGAUAGUACUAUAAAGGAAUUCAAAGUUGAGAGAUAAUCUAAACAUAGAUUUAGUUAUACACCUUGGUUAAAUUUAUUUGAAGAUGAUGAUGAUAAUAAUGCUCCAUGUAUUGACUUUGGACCUUUAGCGAAUAAAUUAAAUACUGAAAUAUAUAAAUAGGCUUUUCAUGUGGAUAAUGAUACUUUAUGGACUGGUUGUAAUGAUCAAAUUUAUGCCUAAUAUACCAAAUCAGAAGGAAGUUAUUUGAUUUUACCUGAAUUAUUUAAAGCAGGAAUUGAUAUUCUUCUAUAUUCUGGCGAUUAAGAUUUAGCUGUGAGUAUGGUUGAGACUUUAGAAAGUAUUAAAUAGAUACCAGGUUAUAAAAGGAUUAAAGAUUGGACUCCUUAUAUGAAUCAACAUCCAGGUGAAUUAUAGAAUCAAUUAGCAGGAUGGAUUGAAGAAUACAAUUAUUUUAGAUUCUAAGUUAUUAGAGGUGCUGGACAUGUAAUUUAAAUAUUUUUAUUGUAGAUGGUUCCAUAAGAUUAAAGAGAGAACUCUUGGUUUAUGCUCGAUAACUUUAUUAACAGAAUUAGAGGAGCUUGAC